GGCUGUUGUAUCGUCCAAUCAUACUUUCACAAAUAAGGAAGUGGGCGCUCGUCAAUGUUUGUGAAUCAUGGACACAGUUAGCUAGCAAGGCUAAUAUCUAUUCUUUAAAUUCAUGCAUCAGAGGAAAUAACAAUCAACCUGUUAGCAUUUGUUCUUACGGUGACUGUAAGAAUGAUCGACGACUUUGAGAGUCAGGAGAUGCGGUCCAGCGGUGAGCUGUGGUCCCAAAUCUGCUCCAGUCUGCCGGAGAUGCAGGCUCCAGAGAACAACGCUGAUUUCAAGGACUCAUUCCAGCCAGAAACACAAGGAGCGCAGGUCAAUAGCACAAAUAUUACUUCUCCCGGUGCCAAAUGGGAGCCUAUGGAGGAUUCUGAGGUUUACAUAGCCAGUUUAGAGAACCGCUUGAAGAAGUUGAAGGGCCAGUCGAGUGAUGUGACAUCCAGGGACAUGCUGCGCUCCUUGUCUCAGGCCAAGAAAGAAUGCUGGGAUAGAUUCCUGCAUGAUGCCCAGACUUCAGAGCUUUUCCAAGGUGGCGACAUGGAUGAGAGUGCUCUUGAACACUUUAAGAGAUGGUUGAUUCCUGAGAAGGUGGCCAUAAGCGCGGAGGAACUGGAAUAUCUACUGAGGCCGUCUCAGAAUAAGGAGCCAGCCACAUCAAACGAAACUCCAAAUGAAGACAGAGAGGCGCCCAGUGAAAUGGACGCUAUCGCACCUGUUCACCUGGAUCCUUUCUGCUUCAACAUGAAUGAUAAAGCGACAUGCCAAAUCUCCAGCUGCCAUGUUGGAAUCUGAUGACACAUAAUAGCAUCAAGCUCCAAAUGGCAGGAAAUUAAAAUUGCAUUGACCAGCCACCUCCCAGUUUUCUGGCCCAUCAGUGGCACUGAUUAAAAUGCUUUUUACAGAUAUUAAUAAAGAAACCUGCCAAUGUAUGCAGAUAGCACCAGCAUUUGGUUGAUUUAACUUCACAUUUAUAACAGAUGUUAUCCACACAUUUGUUUCUAAUUACAUGUGUAAUAAAGUAUUGUAAAUGAGAA